AUGUUCAUGACCAUGCACCUCUGGCCUAUCUACUCAUCGCAUCACGAGUGCAUGUUCCUGCAGCUCUUGCACGUCUCUGCCGCAGUGCUUAAUGCAAUUCGCCAUGGCUCCAAAACGGGGACGUGGGCGCAUGCCCGAACCACAAUCGGGUACCAGAGUUCAUCACCCGUGACGUGUCAGGACCCCUUCCCCGAGUGCCCCAAUCUCCUUUCCAUCCCCGCCCCAGGAAUAGUAAUCCCAUCUCCAAUCGGGUAUCGUUCGCGACUUGGCCUUCGUGAAGCACGGGGCAGCUAG